AUGGAGGAGUGUAAGAAGCGAGUGCAAGGUACUAAAGUUUCCAAAAUCGCGAACAUAUUCCAAGGGAUGCCGUCGAGGGACGACGAAGACAUGCGCGGCGCCGACGUGACCGUCGUGCGGACCGAGAGCCACUUGGCCCGUUUCAAUAACGCGCGGGCGUUGUUCGAGAAGCUGGGCGAGGAGAACCGCGGGUUCCGGAUCGAGAAGUCGCCCUCGGCGGCGGCCAGUUUCGCCGGCACCCGCGGCGGACCACCCGCGGUGCCGGCGCGCUCCAGGUCGAGCUCCGCGGGCUCGGUGAGCCCGCCGAGACCGAACGCCCCCCCCACCGCCGCGCCGCCGCCCGCCCUCAACGGAGACCGCCUCGCCAACGGAGCCGCGCAGCCGCCCCCGAAACCAGUCAAGCCGAGCGUCCUCCCCAAACCGGAGAAGCCCGACAGACGCUUCAACAAGGAGCUCAUCGAAAAGCAAAGGAACUGGACCGCCCAUUUCAACAAGCAGCGGCCGACGCGACACGAUCACGAGAGGGCUGAUCAGAAGCACCCCGCCGGCCAUCAAGACAGAAGGUCCCCCGAGGCCCCCGAGAGAUACGUCGUCCCCUCCCGGGUGUACACACCUCCGCUCUCGCCCGGCGCAGGGGACUCCCAAGUGGAGCGCCCCACAACACUCCCAUCAUCAUUAGUUACCCGAGGCAUACACGUUGCAAAGUCUCCUAGUCCCGUUAAAUCAAUCGCUCCCGUGUCGCCAUCACCUAGGUCAAGUAGUCUAAUAUCACCCACCGCAAGAACUGAUGUUCUGACCUCACCCGCAGCGAAAGUAGAACGUUCAAUAUCUCCGUGCAAGGACGGUGUCCAAAAUUUCGGAGUAAACGAAAGAAUUUCCGCCAGCAAUCGUGCUUCCGUUAUAAGUGAAACCGACAGUGAUACGGGGCAAACGGAAACAAAUAAUGUUAACAACUACAUGCAAUAUCACAGUUUCGCGCCAAAGCCAGUCGAAAGAAUGGGACCACCGUCUCCUGCGCAUUCGAUGCCCGAUCCGUUGCCUAAAAGGCCUCCGCCGUCGCCGCCGAUACGGGUACCGAAGUCACCGCCGCCCCCUGUGCCCCAAGAGAAAGUCACACCUCCCGACGUUGCACCUUCAGUGCCCUUCAACAACGAAAGUCCUCCAGUCUUCAGAUCGCCGCCUAAGUCGCCAGUGGCUUGCUUCGCGCCCGAUGUGGACACAGGUAGAGUGUCGCCCGCGCGCUCCAUAGCGGACACAUGCGACGGUGCGCCCAAAUCGCCGCAGAAAGGGAGGCACCCGGAAGCGGACACCUACGAGGCCCUGCAGUACGUCGAGGAGUGGGACGAGAAGACCAGAGGGAAACGGCGCUCGUCCACGCCCGAGUCUCCAGCGAGCGUUCUACCGGAAGACUCCAGAUCGCCGCUCACCUCUCCGGCAGCGUCGCCGGUGCUGUGUGCCCCCUCAACCCCCCCGGCCCCCCAAUCGCCCACACACUCGAGCGGAGGUCGCAAGUCGUCGGAGGCGGAGGAGGUGGCGCGGCGGGCGUCCAGCGUCUCGGACGAGGGCGGUUUCAACGAGCCGUCGCCCGAAGUCGCCGCCCUCCGGCCGACGGAACGCGCACGCUCCGACCCCGACACGAUCUCUGUCCUCCAACAGGACUCGGGAGUGGUGGUGAGCGAGGCGAGCCAGGGCUCCAUAGAGGUGCUCGACAAGUCGACCACCAGCCAAUGGAGCGUGUCAGAGGCGGAGAACCCGUCGAGCGAGGCGGCCCGCGACGCGCCCGACGUAGACGCCGACGACAAGCAGCCCGACAGCAUGACGCCCGACGAGGCCGAGAUCCUGCUCAGCUCCAGUAUCCUGGAGAAAAAACUUAGACAAGAGGCGCUGCUGUCGGACGAGCAGGCGCAGGAGAUCGCCGCCAUGCUGUCGCCGCACGCGCUGCCCCACGACAACGGCGUGUCCCUCAACGAUAGCUACCAGUCCGUGCUCUCCUACGAGAGCAUGCAGUCCGUGGACGAGAGCUACGAAUUUGUAUCGCUGGAGGCGGAUGCCGGUAUGGCCGGCGGAGAUCGGCGCCACGACGACGAGCACGAGCAACAACGAGCGGAACACGUCCAGCGCGCGGAACACGUGCAGAGCGCGGAACACGCGCAGCACGCGGAACAUGUGCAGCAAGCGGAACAUCCGCCAGAAGUGGAACCCGCCGCGCGCACGGAACCCGCUGACGAGUCCGAAACGGUGUUCGAUUAUUACCCGCCGCAUCCUCUACGCGAACUCGGAGAGGAGAAUGGCAUACACUACUUUGAGGACGGACACUUUUACACAGAGGUUGCCGGUCUCCCGCCACCCGAAGAAGACGAAGAUGAUGAUUAUUAUCCGCCAGUUUUCGUUAAAAAGAAUACCAAAGUUAAAUUUAGCACGCAGCCGAUGCGCGUGUUCUCGACGCACUCUGUGCGCGAGUACGACCGGCGCAACGAGGACGUGGACCCGGUGGCCGCCUCCGCAGAGUACGAGCUGGAGAAGCGCGUCGAGAAGAUGCACGUCUUCCCAGUAGACCUGCUCAAGGGCGCCGACGGACUGGGCCUCUCCAUCAUAGGAAUGGGCGUGGGCGCGGACGCCGGCCUGGAGAAGCUGGGCAUCUUCGUGAAGACCAUCACGGAGAGCGGCGCGGCGGCUCGCGACGGCCGCAUCCAGGUCAACGACCAGAUCAUCGAGGUGGACGGCAAGAGCCUGGUUGGAGUGACGCAAGCGUACGCCGCGUCCGUUCUGCGUAACACUUCGGGACCGGUUAAGUUCCUCAUCGGCAGAGAGAAAGAUCCAGAGAACAGUGAAGUGGCACAUCUCAUUCGGCAGUCACUCGCCGCUGACAAAGAGAGGGAGGAAAGAGCUGCACGCGAGCGGCAGCGGCGGCAGCAGGCCGAGGAGGAGGAGAGCAACCAGCAGUCGACCGCCGAGGCGGCCGCCGCACCCGCCAAGCACCCGGAGAUCAACGAGCUGCGCGCCUUCCUGCAGGAGCUGGUGGGCAUGGAGGCGGGGGGCGGGCGGGGCGAGGAGAUCAGCUGCCGCGUGCGCGAGUGGUGCUCGCGCAGGGCGCCGCACGCGCCGCACCAGGCGCUGGCGCGCGCCGCAGACGCCCACCGCAAGUACGACAAGGCGCGUCGGGCGCUGCGCGGCUGGCGGCGCACGCGGGCGAUGGUGCGCGCGCGCGAGGAGUGGUGGAGUGGCGCGCUGAGGGACGCGCACCGCGAGUACGCCGCCGCGCUCUCCGCGCUGCACGACCGCGUCGCCCGCCUGGAGGUGCUGCUGCUGGAGACGCAGAAGAAAGCGGGCUUGCCCGUGAUGUUGCCCCACGAACCGUCCGCUCGCCGCGAGACGCCGCCGCUUCCGCGCCGGCCCGAUCCUGACCCGUUACUUAUCGACGAUCCGUGGAGCUCGGACAGCGACCUGUCGGACCUGUCGCCGAUAGAGGACGAGUACGCGAAGGUGGACAAGUCGGAUCGGCGGCAGCGGGAGGCGCGCGAGGCGCCCGACAUCGGUGACGUCACGGCGACCACGGCCCACGACCCGCGCCCACCCGUUGCCAGUGUGGUCGACUCGAAGUCGACCAUCCUCGGCAACGUCGCCUCCACGGCGGCCACGCCCUCUCCCACCCCCGCGGCGAACGCGACCACCGCCGCCCAUAACGUCAGUUCAAUGACCCCCGCUGCCGCCGUCGCGUCCGUGUCUACGACCACCCUCAACGAACCUCUCAGCGGGAGCGGCACGCUGCGCAGCGAUGCGGGCGCGUCAGUCGGCAGCGGCGCGUCGCGCGAGCUGGACGCGGCCGUGCCGAGGGGCGCGCUGCUCGACACGUCGGCGCACCGCGCGCGCACCGACCUCGCGCGCCACCGCCCGCACGCGCCACACUCGCCGCACUCGCUCAGCAACGCGAGCUCGUAUGAUGGGUUGGACGACUCUUAUAACGAUUCCGCCGACGAGUCUCUUAGCGAAUCAACCUCCGGACCGCCGCAUUCCAGCCAUGUAACGCGCGACACCCGCCAGAGCUGCGGCAGCUCUAUCGGCAGCACGACCGACGACGGCUUAUACUCGCGGGACCCCAGGCACCACCCUCUGUCAGGUCCGCCGGCGUCGUUGGCCGAGCAGCUGAAGCAGGUGCUGGCUGAGCGCGAGCGGCGGCUCGCCGGCGCGCCGGAGCCCACGCACGCCGCCCACCCGGCCCACGCUGCCCACGUGGCCCACGUUGCCCACGCGUCCCACGGCCCGCACGCCGCCCACGCGACCCCGCACCCCGACCCCGUGCAACUCACCAACGAGCUCGUCGACGAGAUAAGGCAGGCCGUCAGCGAGGCCAACGCCAGAGUGAAGAAAGCCCCGGCUUGUGUAGUCGGCGGCGAGGUGCCGUGGCAGCCGCUGUCGGCUGCCGCAUCGGAGGCGAGCCUGUCGCCGCCGCCCGCCGCGCUCGCCGCCCAGCCCGUCACCCAGUGGACCAAGCAACAGGUGUGGCAGUGGGUGUCGGGGCUGGCCGAGGGCCUGGACAGGCACGCGGGCGCGUUCGCCGCUCGCGGCGUGGACGGCGCCCUGCUGCUGGCGCUCAGCUCGGCCGACCUCAAGCUGCUCGGCCUCAACGGCGACCACCGGCGGCGGAUGAAGAGGCGCCUCAAGGAGCUGCGCGCCGCGCACGAGAAGCACCUCAAGGCGCUCAAGAAGGCGGAGAAGAAGGCCAAGAAGAAG